AAUACUAUCUUCGUAGGUAUUUCAAAACAGUUUAUAGCGAUUUAUCGCUAAAGUAGGUAUGUGAUUAUCUGAGUAAGCUUCCGUUUCUGAAGCACGUUUCCAGACGUCAUGAAAUUCAUAGCAAAGGUUCUAUUUCUGAUUUUAUUCAUUCUAAAAGUUUCAGAACAAUUAUUGACAUCCUCAGAAACAGAUUCCAGCUCAGCGGAAAAUUAUGACAUAACACACCCUUUGAAUGAAACCAUCGUCGAAAUAUUCCAAAGCGUCGAAUCGGAAAAUGUGCAACGAUUAAUUAAAACCAUAGAGAAUAAAGAAGUGCUCUCUGAAGGACCCUUUACUUGUGAAAAUAUCACUGCCACAUUUGAUAGUAUUCAACUGACCUACGUUCAUGCAGAAGCAACUCGCAUCAGUUACGAAUUUCAGGAAAAGAAAAUACAUAUGCACAAUCCUCAGUUCAGAGUGCAGCUUAGAGGACGAGUUCUAGCAGGAUCUUGUGCUCACAAAAUUUGGCUUUUCCGCGCCGAGAUGAAUUUUACAGACUAUUUGAUAACCGCAGUCAAAGGGUCAGAUCAAUUGAUUGACAUAUACCAUCAUUAUGGUGAUUUGCGAAUCGACAUCAAAGAAACCACUGAACAUUAUGGGAUGCAGCUCACCACAAGUCUAGAACCAAUGUUCAAACAAUUUCUACCCUUGGUAUUACACGAAAACAUGAACCGUAACGAAAAAUUCGUCCAAUCAUUAAAUAAAAUCUACGAUAACCUGCUGAAAACACGAAUCACAUCGAAACACAGAGAUUUUCACACUCACGAAUACCAGUAUCACUAUCUAAUACCGAUCGGGAAUUUCGCCGGGUUCACUUUGAAGGAUUACACCAUCGCAGGAUUAUCGAAUUUCCAAUCGUUCAAUUUCACCGAGAAUCCUCUCACUUACAUUCUGCAAAUUGGCAAUAUUCGAGGUAGUAUUUCUCUGUUUAACGAAAUUCAAGCUGAAGGCUCGAUUUCGCAGUUGGAGUUUCGUUUCGAUUCGUUGAGUAUAUCAGUGAGCUGGGAAACCAAUCGUGUAAGUGUGGCGGCUCGAAAUUAUACGGUUAUUAGUACGAAAUUCCAACAAGAGUUGGAUGAGCGGCAUGCGGGGGUAAUUGUGGAUCUUUUGGAGUUAUGUAUUGCGUCUUCGAUUCUGCCUUCGAUGGAUUUCCAGAGAACAAUGAGACUGAGACCAAGUCCGACCAUAGCCGAGAUGGAAACCACAACCCAAAAAAUUAUCAUCGAAACACUAUCACCGCAAUUAACAGAGACAACUACGAUCAAACAAAUCAUCACUGAAACGUCACCACAUCAGUCAGAAGAGACAACAACGAUCAAACAAAUCAUCACUGAAACGUCACCACAACAGUCAGAAGAGACAACUACGAUCAAACAAAUUAUCACUGAGACGACAUCACCACAGCAGUCUGAAGAGAAGACUACAAUAACCAUCACGACCACAGAGUCACCAACACCCUCUGAACAACUGCCUCAGAACGAGAGUCUGCCACAAGAUGAUCAAACCACCACCGAGGAACCUUCUACUCCGCUCCAGCCCACGAAAGAACAGCUCGAUUAUUUCAUUUCAUUCAACGAUGUCAAAAUUAAACUCAUGACGAGUGAUCAGUCUUACCCUGAGCAAGUUCAAUGCGAAUUACUCAACAAUUUGAAGUUCGCUCAGAGUAUUAACGUUCUGCUGGAUGGAAAAAAUAACUCGUCUGAUCCGACUGGUAUUAAAUUUCACGCCAAUGUCAGUUCUGUUAAUAUUUCCAUAAUCAAAUCGAAUACUUCCCAAGAGAACGAUUCGUGCCAUUUUCAAAUACAAGUCAAUCAGAUUAUCGAUGUCACGUCGUCGCCAUCGAUACCCAAAAUAAACAUUAUAAAGAGAUCGUUGCAACAGUUGAAAAUGAACGAAAAAAUCGAAGCAGUAUUGACGGAGAUCGUUAAAAAAAGAGACCAUCUCGUGCAGAUCGUAAGACCAAUCGUGAAACCGGCGAUUUGUUCAUCGUUGGAUGUUUGCUCGCAAUCUGCGAAAAUGGUCAAAGAAUAUUUCACGGGUUUCGUCGACAAAGUAUUGAAAAAGUGUUCCCUUCAAAGAAAAACUAACACCACCGUGAUAUGAUGAACAUGAUACAUAGAAGACCACCUAUUCAAUUAAUUUAUUUUCUGGUCAAUUGCUGUUACAUUUUUUAUAACUUAAUUUAUUCUGCAUUUUUGUAUAAAAAAAUUUAAAAUGAA